AUGGACUGCCACUACCACUCUGUGAGUUCCUCCAAUUUAGCACACCCCACUACACACCCUACCGCACACCCCACGACCCCUACCGCACACCCCACUACCCCCUACCGCACACCCCACUACACACCCUACCGCACAUACAACUACACACCCUACCGCACACCCCACUACACACCCUGCCGCACACCCCACUACACACCCUGCCGCACACCCUACCGCACACCCCACUACAAACCCUACCGCACACCCUACCGCACACCCCACUACACACCCUACCGCACACCCCACCACUACACCCUACCGCAUACCCCACUACCCCCUACCGCACACCCCACUACACCCUACUGCACACCCCAAUACCCCUACCGCACACCCUACCGCACAUCCCACUACACACCCUACCGCACACCCCACUACCCCCUACCCACACCCCACUACACACCCUACCGCACACCCCACGACCCCUACCGCACACCCCACUACCCCCUACCGCACACCCCACUACACACCCUACCGCACAUACAACUACACACCCUACCGCACACCCCACUACACACCUGCCGCACACCCCACUACACACCCUACCGCACACCCCACUACCCCCUACCGCACAUCCCACUACACACCCUACCGCACACCCACUACCCCCUACCGCACACCUCACUACCCCUACCGCACACACCACUACCCCUACCGCACACACCACUACCCCUACCGCACACCCCACUACCCCCUACCGCACACCCCACUACCCCUACCGCACACCCCACUACACACCCUACCGCACACCCCACUACCCCCUACCGCACACCCUCGUUACACACCCUACCGCACACCCCACUACCCCCUACCGCACACCCUACUACACACCCUACCGCACACCCCACUACCCCCUACCGCACACCCCACUACCCCUACCGCACACCCCACUACACACCCUACCGCACACCCACUACCUCCUACCGCACACACAACUACACACCCUACCGCACACCCCACUACACACCCUACCGCACACCCUACCGGACACCCUACUGGACACCCCACUACACACCCUACCGCACACCCCACCACACACCCUACUGCACACCCCACUACACACUCUACCGCACACCCCACUACACACCCUACCGCACACCUCACUACCCCUACCGCACACCCCACUACACACCCAACCGCACACCCUACUGGACACCCCACUACACACCCUACCGCACACCCCACCACACACCCUACCGCACACCCCACUACACACUCUACCGCACACCCCACUACACACCCUACCGCACACCCCACCACACACCCUACCGCACACCUCACUACCCCCUACCGCACACCCCACUGGACACCCCACUACACACCCUGCCGCACACCCUGCCGCACACCCUACCGCACACCCCACUACCCCUACCGCACACCCCACUACACACCCUACUGGACACCCCACUACACACCCUGCCGCACACCCUACCGCACACCCCACCACACACCCCACUACACACCCCACCACACACCCCACCACACACCCCACUACACAAACUACCGCACACCCUACCGCACACCCCACUACACACCCCACUACACACCCCACUACACACCCUACUGGACACAGAAAUGGAAUGA